UCCUCUCCUCCCCCCUCUCCCUCUCUCUCCCUAUUUCCCCGCAUGAUGAGGGCGGUAGGCGGGGUUCGGAGGAUGCUCUCGGCGUAGUGGGCUAGUGGGACACGCGAGCGCACGAGAGGGAGAGGGAGAGAGAGAGAGAGGAGGAGACGGCGAGUGUGUGUGUGUGAAGAGCAACAGGGCGAGGCUGUAUGUGUGUGAGUGUGUGUGUAUGUGUGUCUGUGUCUGCAUGUGUGUCGGAUGAGACAUCAUCACGGAGAUUCCAAACAUGUAGAUGCCCGAACGGACAGCGCGCGCUGAUGAAACCAUGCUGAGUCCAAAGAUUCGACAGACGCGGAGAGCCCGCUCCAAGAGUAUGGUGAUGGGAGAUGUCUCUGGCGGUGGCCUGCGUGUGUGUUCUCCGUGUGGCCACGAGGGGGCGCUGAAGGCCGGAUGGCUCAGGAAGCAGCGCAGCAUCAUGAAGAACUGGCAGCUGCGCUGGUUUGUGCUGCGCGCAGAUCUGCUGUACUUUUACAAGGACCAGGAGGAGACCAAACCACAGGGAUGUGUCCGUCUCCAUGGUUGCCAGGUUAGGGAGCAAACAUCCAAUCAUGAGGAGGGAGGCCGGCACCUGUUUGAGAUUCUUCCAGGUGGGGGGGAUAAGGAGAGGUCUUCAGUGGGCAGUGAGUCGUUGCUGCUGAUGGCAGCCUCCCAGGCGGAGAUGGAGGAAUGGGUGAAGGCCCUACAGAGAGCCAUCUGGGGCCCGCUAGGAGGAGGUGUGUUUGGCCGGCGUCUGGAAGAGACCAUGGAGUGUGAGCGCGGGCAAGGUGUGUGUGUGCGCCUGGUCCCCCUGCUAGUGGAGCAGUGUGUGUGUUUCAUCCGCGAACGCGGCCUCAACGAGGAGGGGCUCUUCAGAAUGCCCGGACAGGCCAACCUGGUCAAGGAGCUGCAGGACGCCUUCGACCACGGCGACAAGCCACAGUUCGAUAGUAACACAGAUGUCCACACGGUGGCGUCUCUACUGAAACUGUAUCUGCGGGAGCUUCCUGAGCCCGUGAUUCCCUUCACUAAGUACCAAGACUUCAUCAGCUGUGCUCAACUACUGCUCAAGGACCAGGAGGCGGGCCUCCUAGAACUGGGGAAUCAGGUGAAGACUCUUCCUCAGGCCAACUACAACCUCCUCAAAUACAUAUGCAAGUUCCUGGAUGAGGUACAGUCCUAUUCUGAUGACAAUAAGAUGGGGGUUCAGAAUCUCGCCACAGUAUUUGGGCCGAACAUUCUGCGUUCCACGACCGACGACCCCGUCAGGAUGAUGGAGGGUACAUCCCAGGUCCAGCAGCUGAUGACAGUUCUGAUCAGCGCUCACACACAGCUGUUUGACGGAGCGGGUGUGUGUGAGGAGCGCGAGGUGUGUGCGGAGCAGGCGGGGACUCCCCAGCGCUGCGUGGUGGAGUGGGAGUCACACACACACACACCACACACACCCGCACACACCCCGGAGGCGCAGACCUCACACACACCCACAAACACACACCCCCCUGAGCCCCCGCGCGCUGAGAGCCCCAGCAGACAGCGCCCCCUGUCUGGCUGGAGGUGCUCCUUCAGGGGAGCCAAAAUGGGGGGGUCGGCCGUGGACGUGUCCAGCUCUAGCUCCAGCGGAGGAGGAGGAGGAGGAGGCAGCUGGCUGAUGAACGGCCUGUCGUCGCUACGCAACCACCGCCGCACGUCGUCAGGGGAACGUGUGCGAGAGCCGUCGGCCCACGCCGGACACACACACCGCCUGUCCACCUACGACAACGUCAGCCUGCCCUCGUCCAGUCUGAGCGUGCCCAGUGUGGCCACAGGGUGGAGCUCGGCCUCCUCCAGUGAGAUCGCACUACCUGACGCGGCCACCGGGGGCGCCAGAGAGCCCAGCGUCUCCCCGAGCACCGCCGCCGCUCAGCCAGGCGCCCAAGACGAGAGUGUGUGUGUGAGCGGGAGAGCCACGCCAGAGGCAGUGUGUGUGAGUGGGAGGGCGACACCAGACCCGGUGUGUGUGACUGGACAAGCCACACCAGAACCGGUGUGUGUGAGUGGACGAGCCACACCAGACGCGGUGUGUGUUAGCGGGGAGGCGUCUGAGGUGUGUGUGAGCAGCGAUGUGUGCAAUGGCAAUACAGAGGAGGCGGAGUCAAAGGCCAAGGCCGGCAACCAAUCAGAGCAGAGUGAGGGAGCGCUGGUGAUGGAACUGAAGUCAGAACUCAAGAAGCAGAAGAUCUCCUAUGAGAAGAGGAUACGCACGCUGGAGGAGUGCAACGCGUCGCUGCGUUCUCGCGUGGAGCGUCUGGAGGCGGAGCUAGACCAGGAGCAGAAGCGGCUGCGCAUGCUGGAGAUCAAGUUGCGCAACUCUGAGCGCGCUCAGAAGGACGCCGACAAGAGGAACCACAUGCUGCAGACCGAGAUGGAGGAGUUCUUCUCUACACUAGGAGACCUCACACAUUAACACACACACACACAGACACACACACACACACAGAUGUACAAA